UUUCGUAUGACCUUGAAAAUCGCGUCCAAAUCGAAGGCGAAAUCGGUCAAACCGUUUUUUUGUUGAGAAAGCUAGAGAGAGAAAGAGUCGAUAUAGAGAGAGAAAGUGUGUGUUUUCUGAGAGAGCGACUCGUGGAGCCCUGGUCGUUGUGAUGCGUGUUAGGAGGUGACAGAACAUGGCGAGAUCGUGUUGCUUCCAUGGAGCUCUUCAAAUGUGCUCCUAACCGUCUCAGCUCUCACCAUUUUCGAUCUUCAGUUUAGAAAUGGCGGAGGUGAGUAAGCUGUUGUAUAUAGGUGUUGUGGACGAUGGAGAGAAGAGAGAGAAUGGGAAAGAGUCAUUUCGGUAUACGCGCCCUGUUUUGCAGAGCACUCUGCAACUAAUGGGAUGCAAAGCGCGUCAUGCGUUUAAGAUCAGCCAAAGGGUCUUUGAGUUGAUGAGAAGUGAAUGCUCCGUGGAUGCUCCGGCCUUAGAGGGAAUGGAGAUAUCAGGACUAAAUGGUUCAAAAGAACAUUCUCUGAAAAAAAACAAUUGUCAUACUGGUGAUUGCUUGGGCAAAGUAGAUGGCAGCUACCACAUGGUUCAAGAUAAAGAUGGUCGAACUGUGAGUAAACCAUUUGAAUUGUAUAAAAGACGCACAACUGUAGUUGUUAGAAGAAAGACUUUUUUAAAUGUUGUUUGUGAUGCUCUUGCGGAAUACAAGUAUGUGGGUCGCAACCAGGGGGCGGACUUGGUCUUAUCUUGCAGAAUCCGAGAAAGGAAGGAAUCUGUGACUGUGCUAUUGUGUGGCACUAGUGGCUGUGGCAAAUCUACUUUGUCCGCGCUGCUGGGUAGCAGGUUGGGGAUCACAACUAUCAUCUCUACCGACUCAAUUCGACAUAUGAUGAGAAGCUUUGUAGAUGAAAAGCAAAACCCCUUGCUUUGGGCUUCAACAUACCAUGCUGGGGAAUAUUUAGAUCCAGAGGCUGUUGCAGAAGCGAAGGCCAAGAGGAAAGAAAAAAAAUUGGCUGGCUUUUCACACCCACCAUCCAAGGAUGAUAUGGUUGAUGGUUCAACAACUGGAAAAUCUGAUACCCAACCACCAGAUGAGGCUUCUAGUACUGCUAACUUGAUUAGUCCAAAACAGAUGGCUGUCGAGGGAUUUAAGGCUCAAAGUGAGAUGGUAAUUGACAGUCUUGACCGGCUGAUUACUGCAUGGGAAGAGCGGAAAGAAUCAGUUGUCGUUGAGGGUGUUCACUUGAGCCUUAAUUUUGUGAUGGGACUUAUGAAGAAACACCCAUCAAUUAUACCAUUCAUGAUAUACAUCCCAAAUGAGGACAAACACUUGGAACGUUUUGCGGUCCGUGCGAAGUACAUGACACUGGAUCCUGCUAAAAACAAGUAUGUAAAAUACAUUCGAAACAUCAGAACAAUCCAGGAAUACCUCUGCAACCGAGCUGACAAGCAUCUGGUCCCAAAAAUAAAUAAUACCAAUGUUGACAAGAGUGUAGCAGCCAUCCAUGCGACGGUUUUCAGCUGCCUAAGAAGGCGUGAGGCUGGGGAGCAACUUUACGAUCCCACCACAAACAGGGUUGCUGUGAUUGAUGAGGAGUACAGGAAUCAGUGUGCUGCCAAUUCAUUGAGCUCCAAGGGAAUGUUCCAACUGAUCCAAAGGCAAGGUUCCUCUAGGCAUCUUAUGGCUCUUCUGAAUACUGAUGGCUCUGUGGCAAAGGCUUGGCCUGUUGGUCCAUUAGAUGGUAAUGGUAAGCCAAUCGUAGGCCAUUUUAUGGAGAAUGGCAUAGGAUCGCCAAUGUAUGGACCGUUGCAAAUUGAUAAGGCUGAACCUGUCAAUCUUCAGUUUGGUCACUUCGGGAUCAGCGCUUGGCCCAGUGACACUGGUGGCACAAGUCGCGCAAGCAGUGUUGACGAGUCAAGAGGUGAAGGAACCGACUGUGGUAGUAGACAACACUCUUCCUGUUGCAGCUCACCACGGAUGCCUGAUGGACCCGCCAAGGAGCUCAAGGAGGAAAAUUCGGUGCAUGGAAGUGAUGAGGAGGUUGAUGAUCCACCUGAGGUGGACAGCGAUGAGGAUCUCAGCGAUGAUUUUCGGGAACAGAUUCAUGAAGAGAUGGAGGGUUCAGUGGAUGAGGAGUCCACAAAAUCAGACGAGGAGUAUGAUGAUCUGGCAAUGCAAGAUGAGCAAGAGAAUGGCUACCAGUUAGACAACGACGAGAAGUUAAAGGACAAGGUAGUUCCUAUCUCUGAGGACCAACCCACCCCUGAAUUACCUACUACCGACGGUGACAAGUACAGAAAAAAUCUUGACAACUUCCUGAGAACUAGAAAUAAAUCGCAAUCAGAGCCACCAUUUCCUUACUCGUCUUUACCCAAGGAGAAGAAUGAAAUGAAAUCUCCAUUCUCCUGCAACAUUAGAAUCAGAAAACGUUCUAACAGCAUUCCAGCAAUUGGAAAGCAUGGGUCAAUGAUUGAUGGUCUCACUUCGUCUGGCCACAAUUUUGUCUAGUUCUUUCUUUUUCUCUCUUCUUUAUAGAAAAUGUGCAAGUAUACAUACCAAUCUUUACAAGCAUGUUUGGGUUUGGAGUAUACUUGUAAUUCAACCCUUUGGACAGGUUCGAGAUUUGGUAGAUUACUUGCUGAAGAAAAUGUGCAUGUAUAGAUGAACCAAUUGUAGUAGUUUCCUUCGCUACGCAUGUUUUCUGGGCAAGCCUUCUUGAUAUAUAGCCUCUCGGCAUGACACAUAGGUGAUACUUGUGAACAGUUGGGUUGUAUAUGGAAACUUAGAACACUGGCCCAUUUUAUGUAGUGGUUGGCAAUAGUUGGGAAAUGCAAAACUAGUAAAAUGCACUGUUUAUUUUUUAUUGCGUAAAAUUACGUGGUGGUUCAAAACAAAUUGAAAAAUUAAUCACACUACCAAACUAGGACUUUCAUCUAUU